AUGUACAGAUUGAUGAAGAUUUUAUUUCUAGCAUCGAUCCUGUUUGUGCCGAAAACAUGGACCAAAGAAAUGAUAGAGAUGGAAGCUUUAGGAGCUAAAGCCACUCAUUGCACUUAUGAGUAUGCAUUUGAUAUGUACGGGGCCCACUGUGCUGGACUCCGUCUUACGAAAAUACCAAAGUUGAGAGGCGGGCUUGAGAUUCUCGACUUCAGCGAUAAUAAACUGCAAGCGAUACAUGCCGAUACGUUGUCCAGUUUCACAAGCAUUAAAUACCUUUAUUUGGCCGAUAAUCGAAUCUACAUCAUAGAUGAAGAUGCUUUUACAGGAUUCACUUACCUACAAUCACUGGAUCUCUCAAACAAUGUCCUAUUGAAUAUGCCUAACUCCAUACUUCAAUUGCCAUCUCUGAGGAAAUUAUACCUCAGAGGAAAUCCUAUUCUUUAUACAAGCACUGAACUUGCAAUAGUUAGACCUAUUAAAGCUCCAUUAGAGCUCUUGGACAUUUCCGACUGCAAAAUCAAAGUGUUGCCAUACUGGGGUAGCCUUCCGCAGUUGGUUUAUUACAAUAUAUCAUACAAUCCACUGACGACAUUGAACACAUCCCAUUUUGCGCCAAUGUGCAAUUUAGAAAAAGUUGAUCUAACAGAAUCAACAGACGAGUUGAAGCUAUGCAGCAUGAGAUCUCCAUUUCUUUGGUUUCAAGAGAAGCGAAUAUCUUUCCAGUUAGAAGAUUAUUCUAAGCUCAAUACUAGAGAGUUCGAAAAGUGUCCAUCAAACGAUUUAGUAUUACAUAACGCUACGUAUAAUAGAUGCAAAGCAGACUAUUUGCAGGUACAAAGUGUCAAGACAACCCGACGCACUUGGUUGACAAUAAGCGGCGGGCUCGCAGGUUUCCUCAUUGGUUUUAUAUUGUUGCUGUAUCUGAUGCAUAGACACAAUGUGGCCCAAACUAAAACAAAAUCUGAAAAGCUAAAACAAGCGACGCCAGCCAACGAUCCGGACAGGAAUGCUACAGCAAACCUUCUUAGAAAUGCUUCAUAG